AUGGAUAAAUUUAAGGCUGCACUUGUUCUGGCUGGGGUAGGGGAUGCUCUCGGCUAUCGCAAUUUCUCCCGUGAAAACAAUGCCUUAGGAGCAAAAAUCCAGCAGGAGCUGAAGGAAAUCGGAGGGCUCGAGAACCUGGUGCUGUCUCCUGACAAGUGGCCAGUAAGUGACAACACGCUCAUGCACAUGGCUACAGCUGAGGCUGUCAUCACAGAUUACUGGUGUUUGGAAGACCUGUACCGGGAGCUGGUGAAGCGCUACGUGGAUGCUGUGGAGAAGCUCUCGGGCAGGCGGCCGGACCCUGCCACCAUCGAAGGCUGCAGGGAGCUAAAGCCAGACAACCACCUCCUGGCCUGGCACACACCCUUCAAUGAAAAGGGUUCUGGAUUUGGAGCCUCCACAAAAGCCAUGUGUUUAGGGAUGCGAUACUGGAAGCCAGAAAGGCUGGAGUCACUCAUUGAAGUGAGCAUUGAGUGUGGACGAAUGACUCACAACCAUCCCACAGGUUUCCUAGGGUCCCUUUGCACAGCUCUCUUUGUGGCAUACGCAAUACAAGGGAAACCCCUUGCUCAGUGGGGCAGAGAGAUGAUGAAGGUUGUGCCCAUGGCUGAAGAAUACUGUAAGAAGACCAUUCGUCACAUGGCAGAAUAUCAAGAGCACUGGUUUUACUUUGAAGCCAAGUGGCAGUUUUAUUUGGAGGAGAGAGAAAUCAAUGAGGAAAAUCAGAAUCAACCUGUCUUUCCAGCCAACUAUGAUGCAGAGGAGAGAGAAAAGACCUACCGGCGCUGGAGCUCCGAAGGCCGGGGGGGACGACGAGGCCACGACGCCCCCAUGAUCGCCUACGACGCCCUGAUGGGCUGUGGGGGGGACUGGACAGAGCUCUGCAACCGCUCCAUGUUCCACGGAGGGGAGAGCGCGGCCACGGGCUCCAUUGCGGGCUGCCUGUUCGGCCUGGUCUACGGCCUGAGCAAGGUGCCCAAGGGCUUGUACCAGGACCUGGAACAAAGGGAGAGGCUCGAGUUCUUGGGCGAGAACCUUUACCGGCUAUCCAUGGAGGAAAACACCAAAAGCGCACACUUCUGUGGAGAUGAUAAGAUGCUUAUAGACCCUCUGGUGCUGAAGAAGAAGCUCAAUAGGAUGGCAACAGAGCAAGGAGCCUUUGCUGUUCUCAGCAGCCUGCUGCAAUAUGUCACUGAGCUCGCAGCCGGUGAUUCGCAAAUCAGCAACAAGAGGACAAAAUGGGCAGAAGGUAAAGAAAACCAGGUGAGCUCUAACCAGCCAUGUCCAGAUCCAGUCAGGGUUCAGUAUCCAACCAGAUUUCAGCUCUUGCGGUCCAGGUUUCUAAACACCAAUCGCGAGCCGUACACCAAGAAGAGAAGAGAAGUCGGCAAACUGGUCAUUAAAGAGAAGAUGUGGGUGAGCAGGGCUGGUAACAAGCUGGACAGAAGCAGAGACAGGAAGGGAGAUGGAAAAGCAGUGGACGAGGAUGCAGACACAGCACCCAGCGAUAGGGCAAGGUGGACUAGUGUGACUGGGAAAAACACAGUGAAGAACAUACUGAAGAAAUUUUUAGCUGCUGAAGAAAAAGAAGCCAAGGGGGAGUCUCCCAGCUGGAAAAAGAAGGGAGAAAACAGUAGUUUGCCAAAAAUAGUCAACAAGAAUUCAGUCUUGUCCAAACUGAAGGAGAAGUUUGAACAAAGCACUCUCUGCUCAGCUGCAGAGGUGAAAGCAUCGCUCUUGCGCAAAGGUGCGAGAAAGACUAAAAACUUCCCCAGCAGAAAAGCUAUUCAUAAACCUGAGGUCAGAGUGCUGCGCAUGGCAGCAAUGACAGCCACAGGUAUCAAGAGUCCAGAGUCCCAAAAUUUAGUGUGCUCCAUGGUUCCAGUGCCCAGAUUCAGCAUGGCUACCAAAAUUAACCAUCCUUGGAGCUGGUCGAAAAAUAAUGCCACAAAGCAGCCUUUUGGUCAUGGCACACUGCUGAGGGAAAAGGAGGGAUCCAACAGAGACCACAGAGAGAACAAAACCCUGGGAAAUGCAGCACAGGUCAGGGAGGACGAAGAAGAGUUACUGGUGGCACCAGAGGCCGUGUCAGAUGCAAAGGACUCUGCUGAGGGUAAAAUGGAUUCCACGAAACAGGGACCUAACUUUCAUCCUGUUCUAAAUAACUCUUCAACUACUCAUGAAAACAAAGCUCUUGCAGACUGCAUUCCCCCCUUACCUGAAUGUGGUCUAGAUGGUGACAGGACUAACAUUCCAGCUGGGCCUGACACAUCUUCACUAUUGGGAAUUACCAAUGCUCUGCAAAAUGUGAAGGAAGAGAGCCCACCUUCUGACUCACCUGACUCUGGCACAGCUGAAGGAUCCCAUGAACAAAGUCCUCAGGAUACUACACUGGGAGAGAUUCCUGAAAUAUCUCUGUGUGUAUAUGGUUCAGAUGAAGAUGACACAGAGCUCACAGAGCCAGAAAAAGAUCCUUUCUUUGCAGGCCAAAAAUGUGUUCCAGAGCAGAAAGCACUGGAAAACAUGCUGCCAUUUUACUCUCCAAAAUUUUCAGCAUCUUGUGAAGUUGAGCCCUCAAUGAAUGAUCAACAGCUAACGGUCCUAAUACCAGCUUCUGGCACAAAGCCACCAAUAGGGGCACUGGAUUUAAGAGGCAAAUGUUUUAAGGAAGCCAAAAAAGAAGCAACAUUUCAUAGUGAAGACAAAAUGUCUUCUACUUCCAGCAAAAAUGAUAGUGAUGUCCCAAAUAUAGAGGAGGAGGAAAAUAAGACACCCAAAAGCCAAAUGCAAAAUGAAUUAAAAACCAUGCAGCCUCAGCCACCUCAAAUGAAUUUUAGCUCACAAAAUAACUUUAAUGUUUCCAGUGGGGACAUGCAAGUUCCUGACACAAAUCAGAACAAACCUACACUCUCCUCAAACGAGAGCCUGGAGCCAAAGCCUGGUGCUGCAGCAGAAGAGGACACCUCUUCUCCUUUGGAAAAGACACAAAGCCCUUUGCCAGGCGACCUUGUGAAGCACAGUUCCUUUAUUUCAGAAGAAGAUUUUGGGAAGGACAAAUUAUCUUCAUCAAAUGAAGGAAUGAAUUAUGCAAAAAAUCAAGCCCUGCAAAGGAGUUCCUUAACUGACCUGGAGACCUGCCACAAGCCAUCUGAAUCUGUCAUUCAGCAUGAAGAGGACACAGCAGAUGAGAUGCCCUGGCCUGACUCUGAGGCAUGCCAGUCACCCUUGUCAACCCCUUCACCAAUAUCAAUGAGUGGGAUUGCAGGACAAAGUAUCCAUCACACUCUUAGAAAUCCUCCUGCACUUCCACCUCUUGAUCAGGUGGGACAGGGAGCUGGUGCUGUGGAACAUGAGCAUGACAGCCAUGGCUGUGAGAAGCAUCCAGACCCCCCUUCAGAUGAGUUGACAAGUGGUGGGAAUGACACAAUGCAGGAGAAGAAAACCAUGUGGGAUUUUAAGAACCAAGCACUCUUCCCAGAUGAUGCAACAGAAAAUGAAAACUCUACAGACAAAGAGACAAAUACAUGUGAGAGAUUUGAGAACUGUCUUUCACAUUCAACCACAAAGCCAGGAAAACAUGAAAAUAAAACCACACUAGCAGGAAAUCCCCUAUUACCCUUGGAGAAGAGCCAAACACCAUUAUUAGAUGAUACUAAAAAGCAAGAAUGUGGUAUGCUAGAAGAGAACCCAAUUCCUUCAUCAAUUGAAUUGGUCUCAGACCAAAAGAAGAAUGCAAAAAGUAGAAAUAAAAUACCUGCACAAACAAGGGAUAAGCUCUUCUCCUCAGAUGAUGACAUGAAGCAUGAAAUUGAUAGCGAGGAGAUAGAGGAGAAAGAAGAGAGAAAUGUCUUGCAUAAAUGUGAGCAGGAACAAGUAUUCACACCAAAUGAUACUGUGGACCAUGAUAAUAACUCUUCAAAUGAAAAUGAUGCUCAUAGUCUUCAAACAUCCCAGUUACCUUCAUCAGAGCAUGAUACCAACAUUCAAGGAGUGAAAAACACUGGAAAGAGUUUGGAGAAUCUAGCAUCUCCAAGAGAUUUUAUGAAACACAAAGAGGAUGUGACAGGAGAUGAAAGCAUCUAUUGCAAUAAUAGGAAAAAACAUCUGGACCCAUCAGAUGAGCCAAUGAAACUUACAAAUGACAGUGAAGGGCUACAAAAUGUCAAGUCAGACUUCAACAAUUAUUCAAUGCCACCAAGACAUACAAGUCAGGACAAUAAGAUGGCUGAUGAGGACAAUACCUCUCUAGAGACACAGAAACAGAUGCCACCAGGUGGCCUUGUAAAGCCUGAAACUAAGCCAGACAAAAAAGAGACUAAACAUAUCUCUGAGAAGUUCCAGUCACCUUCUUCAAACAAAGUGCCAGAUUGUCAAGAUAGAAGCUCUUCAGGAGAGAGGAAGCAAGAGACACCAGCAGCAGAAGACACUGGACCACCUGAAACAGAGGUAGUAAAAGAAGAUAUUGAGCAGCAGUUUUCUGGGAAGCACCAGCUACCUCCACCAAGAAAAUCAGAAAUGCAUGAAGAAAAUAAUCCAGGAGACAAAGAGCAAAUGAGAUCUGAAGAUUUUCUGACACCUUAUACAAAUAUUGCAAAAGAGAAAGAUGAACUUCCAAGGUCCAGGAAGUGUCUAUCAGUACCACCAAAAAUAUUGGUUAAGCCUCAAGAAAAAAAUACUGCAGAACAAAAGCAAAAAACAUCAGACUCUUCAGAUUUUAGGAAGCCUGGUACUAAUUCUGUAAAAGAAAAGGAUGAAGAUCUAAAUUCUGAGACGCUGCCUUCUUCAAACAAAGUGCUGAAGCCUCAAGAAAAAAGUGCUUCAAGAGAGAGGAAGCAAAAGACACCAGCAGGAGAGGACAGCAGGUCACCUAAAGAAAAGGCUGUAAAAGAGAAAGAUAAAUACCAAGCUUCUGGUAACCAUUCAUUACCUCCUUCAAGUAAAUUAUCGAAGCCUGAGAAAAAUAUUCCAGAAAGAGAAAAACCAGAAAGUGUAUCCGAAAGUUUUACAAAGCCUGAUGCAAAUGCUGUGAAAGAUAAAAGCAAAGAUUCAGCUUCUGGGAUAUGCCAGUCCCCACACUCAAAUUUGCCUGUGAAGUCUCAAGAAAAUAAUGCCACAGUCAAAAAGAAGCAUUUGCCACCAGCGCAUGAUGAAAAACCAACGUAUAAAACUGGUAGUCCAGAAAAGAAGAAUGAACGUGAGAGAAGAGAGAAAUACCAGCUAGGCUCUUCAGCUCAGUCAGAGAGGCACAGCAAUGAUGGCUCAGGAGAGGAGGGCCCUGUGCGUGAUUUCAGAAGCUAUCAAGCUCCAUCACCAAGCAAUGGCCUAAACUGUAAAAGCAGUGCUGUCCCAAAAGAGACCAGUUUGUCUAAUACAGAGAAAUCCCCCAAAUCAUUCUCAUCAUCACAUGUUGCAUCAAAAGAUGAGCUAAAUCCUGCUGGAAACAGAGAAAGGCAGCCUGGAUUUAAGAAGUACAAAGCGCUCUCGUCAAAGACUUUGGUGAGGCAUGAGAAAGGUGCUGCUGAAAGGGAGGGGAGUGGGCAGGCAGCUGGCAAAACCAGUGAGAAAAAGGCAGAACUGGAGGACUGCUCUAAAGCAACGCCAUUCUCAAAAUACACAGUGGAAAGCUACAGUGAAGGAUCCUUAGAUUCAGCUUUCAAACCAUUGAUCAUUAGAGUAACUGACACAUUUAAACAUCACAGCUAAAAAUUACAGCUGCAGCUUAGGCAAGAACUUACAACAGAUCAUGCUACCGAUUCACUUGAUCUUUCUUUUCUCCUUUUUUCUCCAGGGCAUUAUAUUAUCAUUUUUUAAUCACAAGGACAUUGAUGUGCAUCUAUCAGAGCUAGGGUUUUUUUCUUUCUUAAACAUUAGCCUGAAGACAUGAAUUAAAUUAAUCACUGCAAGUGAAUUAGCUAAUCACUGAAUUAAUCAUCAGUUCAUAAAUUAAAUAUGAGAAGGGCUUUGAGAUCAGCGUGAAUUCAGCCCUGCUUCAAAUUCUCCUUGCUAACUAAUGGGCUUUGUUUGUAACAAAGACAACUGUUCAGACUGAACUCUAUUUGUAUUUACUUGUUCUAAUGAAACUCUGCUAGUACUUCUUCCAGGAAUAGUGGUAGGCAGUGUAGCUUUAAUUAUGUCAAAAAGCACUUGUUCUAAGCUCUGCCUUUUCACAGAUUAGCAGGAACUGUUGAUCUAUUGCUGCACUGAGUGACACUGUUAGCAGAUGUAGUGAGGGAAGGAGGGAAACGCUUCAUUUAUCUGCAGAAAAAUCCUCAAAGGACAUUGAUGCUACAAGAGGAUUUACUGCAAAUGCAAAUGGUCAGCCUCAUUAAUAUUAAUAUUGGAAAAAUUGUGAUUUAACCUCCUCUGAAGCUAUUUGCACUUUGGCCAUACACACUGUAUGCAUUAUUGUUGUAAAGGUACACCAUUUCAAGGGGUUCUUAAUUACUGCAAAUGAAUAUGCAACAAGUGUAAGAGCUCAAAAAAGCUCAAUGCUGAAAGGCCAUGAAGACAAGGUAAGCCAGCAGGGCUCAACACUCUGACAUAGCAAUUCAGCUUUUCCUGGGACAUCUGUCCCACUCUAAAUGCUGGGGCACACAGACAUGAGGCAGGUGCUCAGCUCACAUUAACGUCUUAGGAAGUUUUUAUUUUACAAUGCAAUGUGAAACAGAGCAGUAAAAAGCAGCCAGUGUCACUGAAUCCUAAAAACAGGGUAAAAUUUUGUGUUUACAAUAAUAGCAUCUUCUGCAAAAGGUUUGUGUGUGAUGAAUGGUGUUUUGGAGAAGUGAGGGCAGGGUGGCUGCCUGGGGUGUCUCAGUAACGCUGUGACAGACAGAACCUCUCACAGUGCCAGCUCUCCCAUGCAGGAGUUUAGCUUAGCAUUGUAACUGCACAUUUGUAUUAAAGCUUACUGUGGAGGAGCCCAAAGGCAUAUCCUAAGGACUGAACUUCAGCAGGACAGAGGGUUCAUACAAACAGGGCCCUGCUUCCCUGUGGCAGUGAAUUCCCCUCCAUUUUUAUGAUGCUCUCCAUGACCACACUCUGCAGCUGAGGGCUGGCUGCUCCUUAAGCACAGGUUGGCAGAAUGCCCCCACCCACUGCCCUCAAGAGAUUGAGGGCAAGAACAGGCUGGCAGCAAGCUGACAUCAAACCCAUUUGCCAGCACAAUAUACGUGAGUCACAUACAUGACAACUGGGCUGGCCCAGUUGGGGACAUUGCUGGGAGGAAGUGGGAAUGCGAACAUUGUGUCUCCUGACCACUGAAGAGGCUUAAACUUUGACUCCUUUUUCCUUCCCAACCUGCCAAGAAUUAGGCUUUCUGGCAUGGAGAGGGUCACAAAAUGAAAAUUUUAUUUAUGUAUCACACCAGUCCUCAAAAACUAAAAUAGAUUUUAUUGGAAAUACAACACUGCCCUUACACACAGGGUUUACUUCGCCCAACCAAACUUUUAUAAGCUGGCAACCAUAAAGGCCACUUUAUUCUUUUGUGCUAAACCAAAAGCACAAUUUACUUUUUACUGUCCAUUAUUUCAUUUCACAUUUGAGAAAAGUCUUUAAAGCAUGGAGCAUUUGCACCAGACUUGAAGAAUAAAUUCUCUAUUGUCUGGCUUCUUCUGCCUGUACAGCAAAAUCACAGAAUCAUAGAUUUGUUGCGGUUGGGAAAGAUUUCUAAGACUGUUGUGUCCACCCAUUACCCAGCGCCACCAAGUCCACCACUAAACCAUGUCCCUAAGCAUCACAUCCACAUAUUUUUUGAACACUUCCAGGGAUCUAUGGCUCCACCACUUCCCUGGGCAGCCUGUGCCAAUGCCUGACACUCACUUUGAUGAAGAAGGUUUUCCUAAUAUCCAAUCUAAACCUCCCUCAGCACAACUUGGAACCACUUAAGUUUUGCGUGGUCUCAAGUCUUGGACUAUUGAAGUCCAAGACUUGCUGGACUUGUCUAUUUCUUGUUACCUGGGAGAAGAGACCAACACAAACCUCACUACCUUCAAGUAGUUGUAGAGAGUGAUGAGGUUCCUCCUCAGUCUUCUUUUCUCCAGGCUAAACACCCACAGCAGGUCCUCAUCAGACUUGUGCUCCAGACCCUUCACCAGCUCCAUUGCUCUUCUCUGGACAUGCUCCAGCCCCACAAUGUCCUUCUUGCAUCAAGAAGCCCAAAACUGAGCACAGAAUUUGAGGUGUGGCCUCACCAGUGCUGAAUACAGGGGGACAAUCACUGCCCUGGUUCUGCUGGCCACACUAUUGCUGACACAGGCCCUGAUGCCAUUGGCCUUCUUGGCCACCUGGGCACACGUGGGCUCAUGUCCUCCCCUAGGUCCUUUUCUUCCAGGCACCUUUCCAGCCUCUCUGUCCUCUUGUCCAGAUCAUUGAUAAAGGUAUUAAACAGGACUGGACCCAGUACUGAGCCCUGGGGAACAUCACAGGUGACCAGGAAAGUCCUUCACACUUUUUAUGGCCUUAUGGCCUCUCUAAUUAGACCAUAGUCAAAUCUCCCCUAGCCCUUCUUCUUGGCAGGUGACCUGCCAGGCUUAGUAAUACAGAAAUCCCAAAAGGAUUGGUUUGGGGUUGUUUAGAUAGUCAAGCUUGGACCUGGUACAGAGUUACAGUACAGUCCCCUUCACAGUGCUGGACAAAUGCCCACCAGCUCCAGCAGCCCCACUCAUCCUCCCACAUUUCUGACUGAAGGACAAACUUCUGCCUUUGGGGCCCUCUCCAGGUCCCCAAACUCAGAACAAGUUCAACUGUCGUGUGGAUGUGCUUCUCUCUCCCUCCAUCUCCUGCAGCAAUGCAGUCCUUGAUUAAAGCAUUUGGGGCUGACUGGGACAAACCCAGGCCUCAGGAUCCUGGGUUUGCAAAGAGCCCAUCACUUUCUCCAAAAGUUUCAUGAAGUGAAAGUGAUGCCUACAUUUCUGGGACUUCAGGUGCUAGGAGAGCUCAGAGGGCCAUAGGAGAGCUCCCUCUCCCCCCAGUUCAGAAAGGGCUGCUCAGCCAUGCUGGGUGAGCAUUGUCUCUAUGUAAGCAUAACAAUGAGCUCCUCAGUGAUUUUUUUUUAAUUAUUUUUCAAAUUUAAAAAGGGCACAUAAAGAAUAGCUAUUCCCAGCAAAAGAAGCCCAAACCCUGUGAAGGUUUACCCCAUGGAGGAACAGAGGCCAGUGCUGUUUCAUAAGACACAAAUGGUCCACUGCAGUGUCAGGAAAUGUGUCACUGCUUUUACCCAGACAUUGAAACCAGGAACAAAUAGUUGUCCUGGAAGUACUGUCUGAUUCCAAAUUGUUCAAAUGAACUGAAAAACAAUGAGUGAGUGCACACUUUUGGCUAUGAACUGUAUAACUUAGUAAUUGAUCAGCAUCUUCUUCAGUUGGAUAGCAUUUAACACAUCACACAUGACAAAAAAAAUUAGAGACCAAGACCUCAUUUGACUCACGUUUCUCCCUUUGUACAUUUUUGGAUGUCAAUGGAGCUAAUAAAAGAAGAAAGCACUAAGGAUAACAGAAGAGAUCUCAUAUUCCAGCACUAUUCAGCAUCUGUCCCAGGCACAAGAUGCUGCAAAUAAAAUCUGGGCUGCUGACAGUAGAAAUGCCCCACCUAAUGGUUGCAUUUGUAAAGCAGGAUGCAGGCAAGCAGUGGUGAAAGCAGAUGAAAAAUAGUGCCAGGAAUAGUAGGAAAAUGUAGGGAUACAUUUUUUCUCUUAUUCCUGUGCCACUAUGGACACCAUCCAAAAGAAGGUUGUCUGGUUAAUCAGAGAAACCUGACAAGUAAUAGCUGGGAUCCUUACAGAUUUUGGGGCAGGGGGUUUCUCUUACCUGAGAAAUGAGCACAGGGAUGCGCAUUAUCAGCAAAACAGUUUCAACUGUUGCACUCACAAUGUGGUUUCCAAAAUGUAUUAGGUCCUGUGAGCUUUAUUUCUCCUUUUCAUUUCCAUAAACAUCUUUCUAUAGAAUUGAAACAUUUUUCACUCCUUGAUGAGAAUUUAGGAAAAAGGGGGGGGGGGGGGAAGCUUGCUAGGUAUCUACUUUCCUGCCAACUAAAAAGACUUUUUGUAUACUGGAUAACCAAAGAAUCAGCAGGUCAGUAUUUUAUCUCUUAUGACCUGAAGGACAUGAAACAGUUUAGGGAAUUGCUACACACCUCCUGUUACUGCACUUGGUGGUAACCUCAGUGUGUCCUCAGCUGUAGGUGCAAAAACAACCGUGUAAGAUGGUGGGAUUUUCAUUUGGCAAACAAGCACUACAGCAGGCUCCCAAUGGUGCUUGUCAUUCAGCAGCAGAAAUGUACUGCCAGAGGGAAAAAUCACUGGCAGUAAUAAAGCCAUAAAAAUCUAUAAUGCACUGAACUGGUUAUCAUCAAAAAGCCACCAAAUAGCUUUGAGCUCUCUUUUAAACAAUUGAUAGUGACCCUGAAUGUCCAAAAAGGGGCAUCUUAUCACACUUUUUGGGGAAAGUGCUCAGCAUUUGCUCUCUGAAAAUCAAGAUUCUUUCAUAAGAUGCUUCAUGUUAGGCAACCAAAGCCCCUUCUAAAUAAAGUGCCCCAGAUUCCAGAAAUACAGGAGAGUUUCAUGGGCACCUAUUUCCCCACAGAAAGAAAAGCAUGUGAGCAAAAGAAUAGGUGUGCAGGGAUGGCCAGCUCCCUGCAGCCCUGUAGGUGAAUGCAGCCAGUGCCUGCCUUUACCACAAAGAACUUCAACUACUUUCUGCAGGCUGCACAACACCAUUUGCUGCAGUUGCUGGUUGAGAUGCAGUCUAAACAGUAGAUGAGUCCUUUCCAUCACUGUACUUCCCAAGACUUCUGGAAGGAAUCACAGAAAGAAGCAUUUUGGACACUUUAGAGCCAGCCCAUCCUUCUCAAGAAACAACUGUGAAGCCAAAUUACACCAUCAGAGUGAAAUCCUUGUGCUCCUUGGGAUUCUUACCAAUACAAUGGACUAUCAAAAGGCAGCUCUGGAUUGCUAAUCCAGUUCCUGAGAUCUUUGAUUCUUCUCAGGAAUGGGAACAGUGCAGGCAGCAGUGAUCCAAACACCCAAAUAAGGUCCCACCAAAUGUAUCUCAACUCUGUCUCCAAGCUCCAGGACACUUAUUGCAGAAGACCAGAAAUCCCCAAAAGACAUCUUCUUUAUUAACUCAUUUAAAUUACACACAUCAUUUGACAAGAAAAUCUGUACCAUUGUCAUGCCAUACAGAUUUCUUAAUAAAACUGUUUUCCUCCUCAGAGGGUUCCUUA